GUUUCAGUAUCAAAUGCGUUGCCCUCGUGGUUAAAGCGCGCUAACGGUCAACUGCUUUAAAACAAAAUUCAAAGCAAAAUAAUAAAGAGAAACGCACACACUUUAUAUCGCACAGGGCGCACAAAUUUGAAAGAAACACGACACAACCAAACAUAAACGUAAAUCAAACACGAAGUGCCAAGUUCCUCAACUACUAACUGCUCGAGUUGACUUCAAGGAAGCAGCCGACCCGAUUUAUUAGCCAACGCCUGAACGAUUUAUAUCCGAUCACCCGCUUGACACAGAAAUUGGACGUGCUUAAUAUGUCGUCGUCGUCGCCAAAAAUUGAUAAGGACUGCCCCUAUACUAUAGAGCUGGUCCAGCCAGAAGACACAGAGGCAGUUCUAGCCAUGCUAAAGACUUUUUUCUUUAAGGAUGAGCCACUAAAUACAUAUCUAGACCUCGGCGAGUGCAAAGAGCUAGAAGAGUACUCAGUGAAGCCUAUCAAGGACAAUUGCUCAUAUAAGGCAGUCAACAAUAAGGGCGAAAUUAUCGGUGUCUAUAUCAAUGGUCUAAUGAAGAGACCUUCCCCAACAGAUACUGUUGAGAAGUCAACCUGCCUACAUCCGAAAUUCCAAAAAAUACUCAAUCUAAUGGAUCACAUAGAGGAAAACUUUAACAUCUUUGAUCUGUAUCCGAAUGAGGAUGUUAUCCUGGAUGGCAAAAUUCUCUCUGUGGAUAGCAACUACCGGGGUCUGGGCAUUGCGGGCCGCCUCACCGAACGCGCCUAUGAGUAUAUGCGUCUCAAUAACAUAUCCGUUUAUCAUGUGAUGUGCUCCAGUCACUAUUCGGCCCGCGUCAUGGAGAAACUGGGCUUCCAUGAGGUCUACAAACUAAACUAUGCCGACUACAAGGUAGACGGUGUAACCGUCUUUCAGCCAGCCCUUCCACAUGUGGCUGCACGGAUACUGGUCAAGGAGGUGGACAAGAGCAAGUCGACAUUGUAAUUAGCUUGAACUAGUUGCGAGAGCAAUUUUUUGCAUUUUUAAU